AUGGCCACCGUCGACUUUGGCCCAUUCAUCACGACAUUCUCAUUGCUUCCGACUUUGAAGCGGUUCUUGCUAACAAGGUUUCCUCCUCCAAGCGCACGCAUGUGGUUCCCUGUCCUCACAAUAUCGGUCUCCUACCUGCUGCUCGACGCGGUAGCUGCCCUCACCCUCUCGCGACUCAUCUACCUGGGCACAAAGAACUUCCUCCGACAACUGUACGCCUGCUUCAGUGCGCGACUCCAGGCAAGGUUGGCGUCAAGGUCGGCUGCCUCGGAAGCUCAUUUGCUGCUGUUGGGAUCGACGACGUGGCCGUCUGGCUCGCCGAUUGUACCGAGCACACAGUGGAACGGAGGUGGUAUUGGUGGGACGACUCUGCCAGAUAGUGGAUUGGGCAGUAGCGGCGUUAACAGGAUCCGUGAUAUCCCCGCAAGUCUCCGUCCGCGCUUCGAGAGGACAGCUUCGUUCGUGCGUGAACGUAGAGACGCAGACGCAGAUUCGUCGACGUCUGCGCAGAGGAGAGAUUGGAUCGCCGUGACGGAUUCGCACAGAAGGAUCGAAGUGCCCGUGUAUCCAGAAAUCUCGAGCUUGGUCAACGUCCUCACCUACGAGGCUCUGGAAACACAGAUCGGUCUCAGGCUCAGACAAGCUGCUCGUUGGAUCACUCGUGUCAUUGACGGGACAAACGAAGUCGAACACCCUGUCCAGUACAGCCCGAAAGCAAGCUACAACACGCCUUUCUUCACUGCGUUCACCCUCUCUUCUUCGCCACCUCAGCAUCCUCCCACGACACGCAUGGUCAUACCAUCACAGCAGUCUAUCGCAAUGACACCCAGCAGCAUCCUCCAUCAACUUCCCGAGGAGCUCAUCUCGCACAUCCUCAUCCUCGCCGCAUGUCCUAGUCUCUCCCCGCUCGAACCACGCUCUUGCCCAACCAACAUCCUCCUCCUCUCCCAUCGAUACUACAACCUCAUCAUUCCGAGACUCUACCACAGCGUAUCGCUCCACACGCCCGCGUCGUUCCGAUCGUUCAGAGUGACACUGGCGCUCCACAAUCCAUCGCUUGGGAAGUUCGUCCGGAGGCUUUCCAUCGGUAGUUCGGAGUUCGACGCUUCGGGGUACUGUCCCUCUGCGCUCGCCGAUCACGGACCGCUGUCCGUGGGCAUCGAACAGAUGCUCCUCGCCAGCCCGCACCUGCAGGAGCUGAGUCUGGACCUGUUCAGCAUGGGUGCACUGCACACGGGCACAGUGUCGAGGUUGGAAAAGGGUCCUCAACCGACCAGGUUGUGCACGGAAUUGACGACGAUCCCGUACCUCAGUCUACCGACGUUCGAGGACUUGAGGGAGCUGGAACUGUUGGUGUUCGGAAUGGACGCCGCAACGGCGCGAGAGUUGAGAGAAACGCUACCGUUGCUGGAGAAACUAGAGCUGAGGUUGGUUACGCGGCGAAGAGGUAGUGCGUUUCAGAAUGGACGAGAUACGUGGACUCCAGAGCAGCUGCCGACGAUGGAAGACGAGAGUGAGGUGGAGGAGAGGAUGGCCGAAGCGGAUAUACAGCGAGGCAGUGAAGGCGGGGACGUGUUUCAGCUGGAAAGCGAUAUGCAGGAGUUUGUGGAAGCGUUGCGAUUGUUAAGGACAUGGCCGGGUGGGGAUGAUAGGUUGGGCAAGGGGUUGAGAGAGAUCACGGUGCAUGCGUGGCCGAGCGCGGUGAGGAGGUUGAAGAGGGAGCUCGAGAUCGGGGGAGGACAGGUUGAGGGAGGAACGCGGGUCAAGGUGGAGUUGGAUAGGGGGUAUUUGUUGGGGCCGAGGAGGGGGGCGCAUGUGCUGUGGAGGAAGGAUAGGGCGAGGAGUGCAUGGGCGACGUGA